AAUGUCUCAUCUUGCCAAAACACUCAUUUUGAUCUCUAUACUCAUACACCUGACUACAUCAUUCUUACAACCUCAACCAACUUGCAAUGGAUGUCCAACAUGUCAGAAUGUAAACGGAUGUCCUUCGGGAGAUGGUGCGGCAGCUGAAGCUACAACAGAGUCUUCUGCAUCAACCACCCUUGGAUAUUAUGAACAAUAUUGGCAAGGUAAUGGAUGGAAGACUGAUGAUGCUGGAAAUGUUUAUGUUGGAGAUGAUAAUGCUAAACUAUUAUUAAUUCAACAAGGAUCGUAUUGCCCAGUUUCUAUUUGUAAAGGGUGGUUUGGGAUCUGGUGAUUUAUUUUGGAAAAACAAUUAUUUAUGUACUAUAUUUAUUCAAAAAUAAAUCUUUAUUGGCUU